AUGAAACCUGGCCAAGUAGUCCUUGAUCCUCAAGAUGUCACCUUGGACUUUGGAGAGUGGAUCUACUACUUCACGAUCGAGGCAAUUAACAGCAUCGCUUUAUCGUCACACCUGGGCCUACUGGAAAAUGCUUCAGACAUUGUGACUGCCCAGAAAACCGAUGGGACGCUCUACCAAGCUCGUUAUCGAGACGCCCAGAACAAUGCAGCACUCGCUCCCUCGGUCUUUGUGUGGGACUACAAGCAUUUCCCUAUCUUGGCUAGGCUAUCCAAACUAAGUCCAAAGUGGCGGGAUAUCUGGAAGAGAGGCGAACCCUGGGGAGAUAUCGUGUACCACCAAGCAGUGACAAGACUCCGAAGGUACGAGGCAGGAGAGGAACUCGAUGAUUUCUUCGCGGCUAUGAUGGAAGACAAGAAUGGAAGCCCAAAUAACCUCGAGUGGGGUGACAUUAUAGCUGAGGUUGGUGGCCUUAUCAACGCAGGUGCAGAUACAACCUCGAUCGCAUUGACCAAUGUGCUUGAGCUUCUUCUUCAUAGUCCGAAGCACCUCCAGGCGCUCCUUGAAGAAAUUGAUGGUGUUCUAGAUGAGGAUGAAAUUAUUGCCCCAUACGACAAAAUCAAAAGUCUUCCAUUUUUGAAGGCUUGCAUCGACGAAAGCCUUCGCAUCAGCCCUCCAACUUCCGCUGGACUCCCAAGACGAACACCCCCAGAGGGAGCUCAAAUCCUGGGCGAAUUCAUUCCAGGGGACACCACCGUGUAUAUGACCAUUUAUGGAGCGCACCGAGACCCCGAAAUCUUUCCAGAUCCUAACACGUAUAAUCCUGACCGAUGGAUGCACCCGGAGGCUAGAAAGAGAAUGGAGCCCUACUUCAUCCCAUUCUCCUCUGGUGCACGAGGCUGCCUGGGACGCAACAUUUCAUACCUAGAGCAAAUGGUCGUUCUUGCUACUAUUGUGCAUCGAUAUGAAUUUGCGCUGCCUUCUCCCGAGUUCCAGCUCAUACGCGAGGAGGCGUUCAACCUCCUGGUUGGGGAGCUGCCACUUAAGAUUUGGCGCCGGGAACUUUCUGUUGAUGCUGUCCGAGCUUAA